AUGGAUACUUAUAGGCCACAGAGUCUUCUGUCCUCUAAAAAAUAUCAGGACUGCAUUAUAAAUUAUUCAUAUUACUGUGUUUUUGUUACGACAGCAAUGGGAAAAGCAAAGAAUCUAGCCUGCGCAGCCUGUAGAGUGCAACGCAAAAAAUGUUCAGAAGAAUGUGUUUUGGCUCCUCAUUUUCCUGCAGAUGAUCCAGAGAAAUUCGCAGUUGUGCAGAGAGUCUAUGGUACCAGCAAUGUCAUUAAACUGCUUCAAGGUCUGGAGACUGAGCAAAGAGCAGAGGCAGUGAACAGUUUGGUCUCUGAAGCAACUGCAAGAGUUAAGGAUCCCAUCCAUGGACGUACCAGUGUAGUCCAUGAACUGCAGAAGCAAAUAAACGAGCUGGAAUCUCAGUUGGCGACCAAGAGAGAAGAGUUAAUGAAUAUGCGUUCAGAGUAUGAUAAACUUGUAUUCCUCCUGCUUAAUGGAUCUCCCGAUUUUCAAGAUGUGCAUCUCACAGAUUUAACCGAAGAAAUCUUGUAUGAGGAUAUGGAUCCACUGGUGCUGUGGGAGCCAAUGGACGUAUAG